AUGUCUUCGCGCAACAAGAAGGUCCUUCUCAAGGUCAUCAUCCUUGGAGAUAGCGGUGUAGGCAAGACGAGUUUGAUGAAUCAAUACGUCAACAAGAAGUUCAGCGCAAGCUACAAGGCGACUAUCGGCGCUGAUUUCUUAACGCGAGAGGUCCUGGUAGACGACCGACAAGUCACCAUGCAGCUCUGGGACACAGCCGGACAAGAGCGAUUCCAGUCUCUGGGCGUCGCAUUCUACAGAGGAGCCGACUGCUGCGUUCUGGUGUACGAUGUCAACAACUCCAAGAGCUUCGAGGCGCUGGACAGCUGGCGAGACGAGUUUCUGAUCCAGGCCUCCCCGAGAGAUCCCCCCAACUUCCCCUUUGUUGUACUUGGAAACAAGAUUGAUGUGGAGGAGAGCAAACGAGUGAUUUCGACCAAGCGAGCUAUGACUUUCUGCCAGUCCAAGGGCGACAUCCCAUACUUUGAGACGAGUGCAAAGGAGGCCAUCAACAUUGACCAAGCAUUUGAGGUUAUUGCUCGAAAUGCUUUGGCUCAAGAAGAGUCUGAGGAAUACAGCGGCGACUUUGACGACCCCAUCAAUAUCCACAUCGACAACGACCGCGACGGCUGUGCUUGCUAA